AUGACAGAAGACACAGCUAUUAGGAGAGAAAUAGCAGAAAAUAACACUGAAAAUAGCACAUCUGACACUUAUGAAGCGGCUCUUGAGGGUCUUAAGGAAGCAGAACAAUUUUAUAGAGAAAAACAAUAUGAAGAAGCAGUAGAAGCGUAUAGUUGGGCAUUAGAACGUUUAGUUGAAGCACGGGGAGAGACUAGUUUGAUAAACGUAGAUGUGAUUUAUGCAUAUGGAAGGGCAUUGUUUCAUUUGGCAGUAAAAAAAAGCGGUGUCUUUGGAGGGGCGGGGUUGCCACUGAAAGGUGCAGCACCUGUUGAAACUAUAUCGAAUAUGAUGCAGGAGAAGUCCAAGGAACAUAUGAAAAGGGUAUUUAAUUUAUCUAGUGACGAAAGUAGUGAAGAAGAAAUGGAAAAAGAAGAUGAUUUUGGAGUUGCAUGGGAAACACUGGAUUUUGCAAGGAUUUUGUACCAAAAAAUCCUGAAUGCAAUAGAAAACAACCAAGCAGAGGUGCUGAUAGAAUUUGAAAAAGUUCCAGAGCAUCAUGAGAUUCAAAAAAAACUUGCAGAUACAUAUGAUUUACUUGGAGAAAUUUCUCUUGAAAAUGCAGAAAACUUUCAACAGGCAUCAACUGAUUUUCAAUCUGCUCUUGACCUUAAAUCUCAAGUUUAUCCUUUAGAAUCCUCAUUAAUUAGUGAAGCACACUAUAAACUUGCAUUAGCACUUGAGUUUUUGAAAGGUGCCGAUAUGCGUGAAAAAGCUAUUGAACAUGUUGAAUGGGCUAUCAAAAGUUUAGAAAAACGUAUUGAAAUUGAGCAGCAAUGUGAAAAAGGCAAAGAAAAACAAAUAAAAGAAGUAGAUGACAUGCAAGAAAUGCUUUUAGAGCUUAGACAAAAGAUUGAUGAAUUACAAAAACCUUCUGAAAAACUGGAAAUAACAUCUAAUUUUGAAGAUAUAAUAGGAAAAUCGCACAAUAAUAUGAAAAGAACCCUCUCUGAAAUGAUUUCUAAUGUAAAUGACCUCAAUUCAUUAGUAAAAAAAAAAAAAAAAACAGUUCCUUGUAAGGUUCCAAAUUCAGGUGAUGAAAAUACGUUUGCAAAUAAUGAUUGUAAUAAAAAUGUCAAUAUUUCUAAUACCAACAUAAAUAAAACUAGGCCGCAUUUAGAGGAGGUAACAAAAACAUGCUAA